AUGGCCAUCCACCCAUCAUCCGUUCAAAACCCUGCCUACGAUGGCGAUUACUACGACACCUCCACCCCACAUCCCUCAAGCACUCUCCAUCUAGCCUCAAAACACACAACAGAAGGCUACCGCGACGGUAUCACCGCUUCAAAACAGCAAUUCAUCCAAGAAGGUUUCGACGAGGGGUACAUUCUCGGAGCAGCUCUAGGUCUCAAAGUCGGUGAAUUACUCGGUACUCUCGAGGGGAUCGUGGGGACUAUAUAUGGACUACUCAACUCGUUGGAUAAGAAUCAGAAGAAAGAUGUUGAUUCAAAGAGCAGCGAGGAUAGAGAGGUACUCAAAGAACAGCUGAGGAGACAGAAGAAGGUCAGGGAGACUGCAAAGCAAGAGUUGGCUUUGGAAAAGGUGUUUGGGAAGGAUUAUUUCGGUGAAGAUGGGGUUUGGAAGUGGACUGCUGAAGAGGAGGAUGGGGAGAUGACGUUUGAUGAUAUUGUACUACAACAUCCCUUGAUAGUAAAGUGGAGAGAUAUCGCGAAGAAGCAGGCUGAGGAGCUUGGAUUGGAUAUCAAGGAUGAUGUUGAAGCUCAGGAGGAAGGGAGCGCCGACGACGAUAGCUGA